AUGAUACGCUCUCGUAUCGCAUCCCUUCGCAACACAUUGUCCCCGCUGUGCCGUGGAGUACCGAAAUCUCCAGCUGGCCGAAGUCUUCGAAUUGCUCAGAAGCCAGCAACUUCGUGUCUGUCAACACUGGCGGCAUCUGAGGAUAGAGUAAGAUUCUCGGCUGUACCAUUUCUUGCAGCCACAAUUCUUUCAGCAGUUGUUGUGAAAUCGUUUGAGGAAGACAAAGCAGACUGCUGUGGGAUCAUUGGUGUUGUCGGAUCUGCUGAGCAUGCAGAUGCCCGAGAAUUCCUCUUGGAUGGUUUGACAAUCUUGAAGAACCGUGGAUACGAUAGUGCUGGGAUCGCUACAGUUCCUCAUGGAGGUGGAGAGAUUGAGGUUGCUAAGUAUGCUUCGGACGGCGACAAGGCAGAUUCCAUCGAAUUGGUCAAGAAGAACACAGUUUCCCAAGGCCACACCCUUGGAAUUGCUCACACCCGUUGGGCGACCCAUGGAGGAAAGACUGAUGAAAAUGCCCAUCCACACACUGAUUCUUCCGGAAAGAUUGCUUUGGUACACAAUGGAACCUUAACGAACUCCAACGAACUUCGAAGAGAACUUCAAGCUGAGGGACACAAAUUUACCUCUGAAACUGAUACUGAAGUCAUUGUCAAGCUCAUUGGCAAGUUUUACGCCAAAGGAGAUCUAUCCUUGAAAGAAGCUACAGAACAGGCAUUGAAGUUGUGUGAUGGAUCAUGGGGAUUGGGAAUUAUUUGCUCAGAUAACCCAGAUGAGCUUGUUGUCGCUUGCAAUGGUUCUCCUCUUGUCAUUGGUAUUUCCAGCGACCGUACCUUCAUUGCAUCUGAAACUUCUGCCUUCAACAGAUACACCAAGAACUUUAUUAGUAUGAAGGACGGCGAAAUCGGAGUCUUGCAUGCUGAUGGCCGCACUUUGGAUCUUGGUCGAGCACAAAUCGCUCCUGACCAAGAAGUGAAGCUUUCGCCGGCCCCAUUUCCACAUUGGACUUUAAAGGAAUGCAUGGAACAACCUGAAGCCAUUGCACGUGCACUUGGCUUUGGAGGUCGAUUGUCUCCACAACGAGUUCUACUCGGUGGUCUCGACAAGAACGAAGAGCAGAUGAAGAGCAUCAAGCACAUGACCCUCAGCGCUUGUGGAACAUCCCUGAAUGCUUCGCGAUAUGGGGAACGAAUCAUGAAGCACUUGGGAUCUUUCGAUUCUGUCAAUUCGAUUGAUGCCGCAGAAACAGAGACGAAGGACUUUCCGUGCAUGUCCAACAUCAACUCCACUGGUCUUAUUGUCGUCUCUCAAUCUGGUGAAACCAAGGAUGUACAACGUGUCGUUACCAAUGCCAUGAGCAAGGGAGUAACUGUCUUGAGUGUUGUCAAUUCAGUUGGUAGUUUGAUUGCCCGAACCACCAAACUUGGUGUUUAUUGCAACGCAGGAAGAGAGAAUGCUGUUGCCAGUACAAAGGCAUUCACAACUCAAGUUACUGUGUUGUCAUUGAUUGCACUUUGGUUCAAAGAAAUGAGAGAUCGCAUAGCUGGUCGGGGUCCAAGUCUUGAAGCACAAAGACUGAAGGAAUCUUUGAUGCGCCUACCAAUCGCUUUUGGUAUGGCUCUGAAGACACAUGAUCAAUGCAAGAGAAUUGCAGAGAGGCUGAAGGAUAAGGAGCAUUGCUUUGUCUUGGGAAAAGGCUACGCUGAACCAGUAGCAAUGGAGGGAGCUCUAAAGAUCAAGGAAAUGUGUUAUCUUCACGCUGAGGGAUACAGUGGUGGUGCAUUGAAGCAUGGACCUUUUGCUCUUAUUGAAGAUUCCACGGGAAGGUUCGGUGCAACACCAAUCAUCAUGUUCAUCCUUGACGAUCAUCAUGCUCAUCAUAUGAGAACAGCUGCUGAAGAAGUCAAGGCACGGGGUGCUGAGCUCAUCAUUAUUACUGACAAGCGUGCGCUUGCUCGAGAUUUGGACGAUGACCCAAUUGUGAUUCCUCAGAAUGGCCCAAUGACAGCUCUUUGUGGCGUGCUUCCUCUGCAACUCAUUGCAUAUGAACUCGCUAUGUUGCGUGGAAUUAACCCAGACACACCACGCAACUUGGCAAAGGCUGUCACUGUUGACUAG